AUGGAGGCACUCACCAGCGCUGAGAGGACCCGCCAUGUUCGAGGGCCAGUCAGCGCGGUGAUCGUGACACUUCUGCAGUACCAUUGGGAGCCGUUAUCACCAUCGCAUUGGCGACUCUCACGCGGUGAAGGUCGCGAGCAGAUCGAAUGGCAUUUCAAUGAUGACGAGCUGACGGGCAAUGAAGAUUUCAGUGAUAUUCUUGCAGAUCUUUCUAGUUCGGUCAGGGAUGUUCUAUGGCAGCAGGCAGCGGCACACUAUCUUGGCGAGGGCAUGGCUGAGGGCAUCGACAAUGACUCACUCCGAGCCUUGCUGAGCCGACUCGGGCAGGUACCUAAGGGGGCACAAUGGGCUGAAACUAUGCUGGCAGCAGACGAAGGUGGUGCGCAGUACCGGCCUACGGAGCUCAGGCAUGUGCCGAGCCUCAUCAUAGCAGAGGGCACUGACGACAACCCAGUGUACGUAUGUGGUGACGCUAGCGGUGGUGCAGACACUCAUUCACCCAAGCUGAGGCGAGUGGGACUGGGCUUCGUCAUCGUGGAGCAGCGGAACCCCGUCAAGCUUGGGCUCGAAGCGCAGGGACCUUUGCAGGGGCGGAGGCAGACGGUUUAUAGAGGAGAGUUGGCGGUGCUGGAGUAUGUCUUGCGAUGCACUCGGGGCGCCGUCAUAUAUCUCACAGACAACGAGGGGGUGGAGAAAGGGUGGACAAGCCGCACUUAUCUUCGCCCACGUGAGGCCAAUUCAGAUGUUGACUUGUGGAGCGCCAUCGGUCAGCACUUGCAUGCCGACGGAGAUCGACACGGCCGAGUUUCUGUCAUGUUCAUGAAUUCACACUUGUCGGAAGUUGAAGCAGCUGAGAAAGUGAGGUUGGCACCCGCGCUGCCGAUGGUGUGCUCGAGCGGGUCGGGCCUGAGCAUUGAACGCGAGGACUCGGCGAUCGAGCAGUUCGUGUUGAGUCGCGACGAGGGCCGUGCCGCGGGCUUACGGAGCCGCCGAGGCGCCGCCGCGGGCGCCGCGGCCGCGCACCCCGUGCCGCCCCGCGCCGCGGCCCUGGCGGCGUGCGCCGUGGCCUGGUGGGCCGGCGCAGGUGCCUCCGGGCGCAGCCUGUGGGGCCUCGGCGCAAGGAGCGGUGCGAGGCCGCAGGGUCAGCCUGCCGACACUCCCACUCCGACCGCCUUCGGGUGGGCAACUGCUCGUAUGCGAACGACGAGGGGCCGCACGAAGCAUAGCAAGAAGGACUGCAUAAACUACCUGACAGACAAGGACACUGGGGAGUCGAUGGCCUUCUUCGCGCUGAGCCACAUGACCGAGAAGAGAUGGUUCAAGAGCGUCUUCGAGUACGGGGCUGCAAUGAGGAAGUUCACUUCUCUCGGCCGGUAUGACAUUGCCUUGGAGUUGUGGAAUGAGUUGCGAGCCAAAAACAUAGACGCGGACGAGUUCACGUACGCAGCAGCACUUGCUGCCAUGAACGUCGCGGAGGAAGACCCCAAAAAGGUGCAAGAGUUGAUCAUGGAAAUGGAGACGAACGUCGUCUUGCCCAACCGCUACGCGUCAGAGCAGGCACUGAUGUCAUUCAAGCGCGCGGGGAUGUGGCAGGAGUCUAUCAACAUUCUGAGCAAGAUGUGGGAGAGCGGCGAGAAUCCGGACGAGUUUGCGUAUCAGCUGGCUUGCGACAGCUGCGAGAACGCCGGGCAGGAGGAGAAGAGGGCGAUGCUGUUCGAGCAGAUGCGCAGCAUGAACAGCUACCUGUGGCUGCAGGAGGAGCAGAAGAAGAGGAUUCCCACGAAGGAGCCGCCGCUGGCGGCGGAUGCGCCGUGGCGCCCCAGAGGCGCGGCCGCGCCCGGCGCGUUCGACGUCCCGGCGUGGCACCCGGAGUACUUGACGUCGCCGAGGCUCAGCGAGGAGGACCUCAGGGAGCAGGCAAUGGAGGAGGCGCGGUUCUACGAGAAAGAGGAGGGAUACUUGGCCAAGGAUCUCAAGAAGAAGGCUUACAAGUUGCCGUGGAGAAAGGUCGAAAGGAUAAGGAGGAAACGGAAGAACCAAGAGGCCAACCGCUUAGCCCUGGAGGAGCAGAUCGAGGAGAGGGACGGCCCCGCCUGGAGGAAGUCGAGGCUGCGCUACUGA